AUUUUCUAAUCAGCUGACUAACAAGUUCAUUAUAAGAAUCUCAAUAGGGUAAAUUGCUGUAUUAUCUCACUAGUUGCAAAAGCAUUUAAAUGUGAGUCACUAGGUGUGGAUAACUGUUCCGAUACCCUUAUCAGUCAAAAGGCUGAAAAAAUGAUAACCAUCCAGUGAAAUGCGGACAAAGAACCAGCGUAGAUUAGCGCAACAACAGCCAAAUGAUCCACACACGGAAUCCGGCCAGCGGCGAGGAGCAGUGUGCUCUGCUGGCGGCGGACAGUUCCGCCAGCUCGGGAGCAGCUGCCUCGGGAUCCGAAGAGGAGUCCUCAGUCCGCACCAAACUCAAGCUGCGGAAGAUGCAGCGCCGCACGCGCAUGCCGCUGCCCAGGAUGCUGAGACGCCUGGGCUGCUACACGCUGAGUGCCUGCAUCGUCUUUGUGCUGCUCCUGGUCUACCUGCCACUCAUCUUCUUGGAUGUGCACAAGCGUAGUGCUGGCCUGCCCGAUUGGACUCUGGAGACCACACGCAGCAUUGAUGACUACCUGCAGCCCGGUCACAAUACGGCUCUCAUUGUUCCAAGGGAUUUCUGUAAGAGCAAGACCUUCCUGGUAAUCGCCGUCUGCACGGGAUUAGGUAACUUCAUUCAGAGGCAAACGAUUCGCGAGACCUGGGGCAACACCACCGAGUUCAACUAUCCGGCCUUUGUGAAGCUGCACGGCCACCUCAAGGGUCAAUACCUGCCGCCUUUGCCGGAGCGUCUGAAGCGGUACGGAGAUUACCUGCACGGCGAGGGUGACUCAAUGAUUGUCUCGGUGCGCAUUGUCUUCAUCGUGGGAAGACAGCGGGAUGACGAGCUGGCGGGCAACGAAACGCUGACGCGCAUUCACAGCGAGGCGGAGCAGUACAACGACAUCAUUCAGGAGAACUUUGUGGACAGCUACAACAAUCUCACGCUGAAGUCCGUGAUGGCCAUGAAGCACAUUAGCAAGAGUUGCUCGAACAGCUCCGCCUUCUUCCUCAAGUGCGACGAUGAUACCUUUGUGAAUGUGCCCAAUCUGCUGCACUUUCUGCUCGGAGGCACUAUCCCACUGUACAACGACACCCUGGAAUACCAUGAUCGGUCCAAUUACAUGGUGACUGCAGCACACAAUCGGUUGAAUGCCAGCAGCGAGGUGCUUUAUGGCCACCAGUUCUGCAAUGUGGUGCCAGUGAACGAUGUGAACAGCAAGUGGUACAUGCCCUCGUACAUGUUCAAGCCGGAGGCGUAUCCCAAGUAUCUGUCCGGAGCUGGCUACCUAAUGUCCAUCGAUGUGGUGCAGCGGCUGUUCGAGGCCUCGCGCAAUACGUCACUGGUCUACCUCGAGGAUGUGUACAUCACGGGGUUGUGUGCGCAAAGGGCCAGGAUCAGUCGGCAUCAUCACCCGCUCUUUAGCUUUGCCCACUCCAAGCAGCUGUGCGCCUUUAAGGGCAGCAUCACGCAGCACCAGAUGAAGGACGACAGCAUGGCGGAUGCCUGGAACCAUGUGGCCGACUACUCCAUCAAGUGCCCGGCACCGGGGCGCUUCUUUAGCCAAAUGCGACUCCGCAAGCGGCCCAUCUGUUAGGACUCCGGGGUAGGUCUCUGUAUCCAUCAUAUCUUCCCAUGGCUCCGGUUCUCUGGAGAGCCCUUAACUAUCGAGUUAUCUUGCUUCGGUAGAGAUUUUUGACUUUUAGUUCCUAGUAUUAAAACAUGCUGCGUAUAAGAAAACGAUUCGGCAGUAAUCAGUUGACAUGAUUGCCUGGCAAAAAUGAAUUAUGACCACACAUAUUGUUUAUGAAGCAAUGACGUCGUCCGCACUUUAUCGCACUUUAGUUUCUUGUAAAAAAAAAUCAACUUGAAUAAUAGCAUUGUUGCUAUGAUAAAUUAUUGUUGGCAUUCGGCUUAAUAAAAUAGCUUGUUCCUUUAAAAAAUGUUCACUCUUAAUCUGACUUUGUUUAAACGAACAAAUUUUAAACUUUUAAAAUAUUUUAGUUAUUUUAAUUCUUUUCAAGAUAAACAGAAAGGCGUCGUUGCUUUUACAUAAAAUUUAAAGUUUAACAGUUUAAAAUUUUGUGUUAGCUUAAAAAGCUUAUAGUAUUCCUACUACGUUCUAAACCAUUCUUUUUUAAAAAGAGAAAUAUGGGCAAAACUCAUUCAUCGUUAAUCUAUGUACGUAAAAGAUCUUGGAAUAUGUCAAUGUAUAGCACCCCCAAUCUCCAUAUCAAUGUUAAAAAUAAUGCACAAGCGAGAUUUUAUAUAUAUCUUACAUAUUUGCUUCCCAGGACUUUAGAAAAUAAUCAAUCAAAUAGACUUUAUGCUAGAAUAGUAAGUAUUUAUUUAUUUUUCAUACAUAAGAUCUGAUAUCACAUAUAUAUAUAUAUAUAAUAAGACGCUGUUCAAAAUGAGUUACUUGUUCAUCUGUUUACUUUAUUUAUUUGCUUUCAUCAGUUGACAGAAACUUAUGCUAUCUCUUCCUAAAAUUAAGCACAAAAGUGUAAGCUUCGUAUAUUUAUUUUGCAACUAUGUGAUAGAUAUAAGCAAAACAUUACUAAUUAAAUAAGAUUGCCAAAAAAUAGUUGUGUUUUGUUCAACAAAAAACUGAAUAAAUUUCAAAAAGACACCAAA